GGUUGAAGCUUAAGGAGGUUCUUAUGUGCCCUUUGAAAUCAUGAUUGAGGUAAAGUGACCUGGUUCUUCCACGCGGAUCACCACUACACUUCUUGAUUCCUUCAUGAUUCUCUUCAGAAACAAACACAUCUUAAUCCCAGUCUUUGCCUUGAUAGCGAUCCCUUUCACAGCCUUACACCUCUCCCUAACUCUCACCUCCUUUCGCCUUAAAAACCAUGUCUUUCGUCUAGAAGCCCUGGCUAACGUCGUGUAUACACGGUUUGAAGCUAGACAGAUCUGGCAAGAGUCUAGAGAAGAUGCUGUCUCGCUUUUACAUCUCAAGUCCCGGUAUUUUGUCCCAUCCUUUAUCCUCUCUUGUAUCGCCUCCAUAACCGUCAUCACAUCAACUUCCUUCUCACACCAAGGCCUAAACCCAUCUCUAAAGUCGUCAUUUGCUUCAGGGAAGUCCUCGUGGAUGCAAGUGACAGCAACUUCUAUCAUCGUCUAUGGUCUGCUCUUCCUCUACUCACCAAUUCCCAUGUUUCUAUCAGCUCUUGUUGGUUACACACCCACAUUGCGUUAUCUCAUCACGAUCUUAUGUCUCGGUAUUGAGGUAUACAUAAUGGCUAUAACAGGGCUUGGCCUUGUCGUCUCGGUAUUGGAAGAAAGAUACGGUUUUGAUGCGAUCAAGGAAGGAACCGCCCUGAUGAAAGGGAGGAGGAUAACAGGGUUGGCUUUGGCGGGUGUAUUUGUGUUUCUAUCGAGUUUCAUUGGUCAUGGGAUGGAGAAGUUGGCGAAGGAGCUAGAUAUGGACUGGAGCUCAGGGUCGUGGUGGAGGUCAGUGGUUGUGGCCGGUGGAUGGGACGGGUGGAAGCUGGUUUGUAUGUAUGGGGCUGAGGUGGUGCUGACUUAUGUAGUAAUCACCGUUUUUUACUGUGAGUGUAGGAAACGCAAUGGUAGCAGCGAUGCAAUUGUUGCUGAUGAGGAAGGUCUUGCUAUUAAAAAUUAGUUCCAACACUUUUUUGUUGUUGAUAAUUAAUUCUCUUGUGAAAUUGUGAAAUACAUUUUUGUUUACCAAAAUUAUGAUUUAUUCAUUGCUUUAAAGAGAGAAUAAAUAACCUUUGGUAAC